AUGGGGCCGAGUCUCCUGCUGCUCGUGCUGCUCUGGGGCUUCCGAGUCGCCGACGGACAGGUUGCACCAUCGCCGCCGCCCGCGACCAACGGAAGCCUCCCGGACACCCCGCUCCUUCCGCACAACAGUACGUGGCUGAGGGGGCCGGAUCCCGCUCGCGGUUCCGUGGCAACACGGGCCUUUGCUGUGCUCAGCGGCAUCUGCAUCCUAGCUGCUCUGUACUUCCUCAUCCGGGCCCUCAGGUUAAAGAAGCCUCAGAAGAAGAAAUACGGUCUGCUUUCCAACAUGGAUGACACCAUGGAGUUAGCCUUUCCGGACAGUGAUGAAGACACGAUCCUUGAGACCAGGAAUCUGAGACGAUGAUGAUCUGGAGUCCAUGGUUGGCCACUGUCCAGACCAACUGAGAUGGGGGGCCAUGGGGCCAGAGAGCCGAGGAUAGCCCGCGUUUAUUUUUCUAACGGUUAAUGCACCGUACAAUGUUUAUAAUGGGGG